AUGGAUGCGAUUCUGAAGGUGGCAAUCCAAUUACCCAUAUUUUCCCCACUCGAUAACCAGAACCCGACCCGCGAACGUUCUUCCACGGAGCUACGUUUCUCUCGUUGGAACAACGCCAACGCGGAGAAGUUCAACCAGCGCCGUCGAACACUCCAUGAAAUCGAAAACGAAAUCUGCCGCACUCGUCGCUACACCGCUGCCGAUAAUAUCGUUAACACUGCCACCACCGCCACCGGCAUUUCGACCACCUCCGAAACUUUUAAAUCCCUCGGAACUCCCUCCGCUCCGUCGCAACCUUCAAUCCCGGGAAAAAAAUCGAAAUACUCGAAACCACCGCCGAAACCAAAACCCUUGCUCGAUUCGCAUCCCGUGGUUUCGCGAGCGGCGAGACUGGAAUUUCGGCCGGGGCCGGAGAACGUCAAAAUCGGCGAGGACGGAGUGUCGUACGUCGUCGACGGCGCGCCGUUCGAGUUCAAGUUCAGUUACACGGAGACUCCUAAGGCGAUUCCGGUGAAAUUGCGAGAGCCACCGUUCGUGCCGUUUGGACCGGCCACCUUGCCGCGGCCGUGGACAGGGCGGAACCCUGUGCCGCCAAGCAAGACGACGGUGACAGAGUUCCACUUGCUUGCUCCUCCGCUGGCGGAUGAGGAGGGGGUUGAAACGGUCCGGUUAGCCGGUCCGGUUUGGGAGUCGAGGGAGGAGGUAUUGGGAGAACCGUUGACUAAGGAUGAGAUCAUUCGCUUGGUUAAGAGCACAGAGAAAUCUUUGCGCGAGCUACAUAUUGGCAGGGAUGGUUUGACACAUAACAUGUUGGAAAAUAUACAUACUUAUUGGAUGCGGCGCAGCGUGUGCAAGAUAAAAUGUAGAGGAGUGUGUACCGUUGACAUGGAUAACGUGUGCCAGCAGUUAGAGGGAAGGACUGGGGGAAAAAUCAUUUACAGACAUUUUGGCACAGUGUACCUUUUCCGGGGGAGAAACUACAACUAUGAAACACGGCCACGAUUUCCCCUUAUGCGGUGGAGACCAGUGUCUCCAGUAUAUCCUAGGCUGAUAAAACGAAUUCCAGAAGGUCUAACACUUGAAAAAGCAACUGAAAUGCGUCAAAAGGGAAGGGACCUGAUGCCCAUACGCAAGCUAGCAAAAAAUGGUGUUUAUUGGGACCUUGUGACUAAUGUCAGAGAAGCAUUUGAACAGUGUGAGCUUGUUCGUAUAAAUUGCCGAGAACUAAAUACAAGCGACUAUAAAAAGAUCGGAGCAAAGCUAAAGGAUCUUGUUCCAUGCUUAUUGCUUUCGUUUGAAGAUGACCACAUACUUAUGUGGAGAGGACUAAAUUGGAGGCCCUCUUUACCAGAUCCCAGAGAUGAUGACAAGGAAGUAGAUAAAAUUGAUGUUGACAGUGGAAAUUCCAAUAAACUCCCUUCAGAUGCCCAAGAAUUGUCAUCACCAUGUCUACAGAAGAAUCCGUAUGAGAAUCUAUGCAAUGAACCUCUCGACAUUAACAUUUUAUCUAAUUCAGUUUAUUUGAGUUUGCACAAAGCUGUGCCUUGUGUCACAGAAAAUAGCAAUCAACCUUUAUUUGUUGUCUCUGAUACUACCUCACUCCCUAUGAAAACUUGUGAAGUUGAAACCGCAGCAGGUUGCAAGCCACCAAUGGUCCCUGGAACUAAUAAAAAUUCUGUCAGUAACAUAGAAGAUCUUCAUUCGGACAAGUUGGUCGAUGAUUCAGAAGCAGCAGAUAUCUGUGAGCCAUCAACGUGUGCACCAUGUACAGAAGGAGUUUUAUUACUGUUGGAGCAAGCUGUUGAGAAAGGCAAUGCACUUGUUCUAGAUGAUAAACUUUUGGAUGAUGACUACAUUUAUCAAACCACAGUGGCUUUUGCUAAAUCAACUCCACCCGAGCCUGUUUAUAAACUAUCUAGACAGGUUAUGAUCGUAAGAAGUGACAGGCAAGAAGAUUUCACACUUGAGACAGAAUACUUCUAA